UUAGUUUGAUGAACAUUUCCAGGAUCUUCCAUUUACUUUAAAAAACAUGAAAAUUAAAAUUUUGCUAUCGAUUUUUCUGUUCAUUAUUUUAAAUGCAGAAUGUGCAUUAUAUGAUAUAUCAUUUGAUAGAAUAGAAUCUAUCCCUGGUGAAGGCGGAGUUAUUGUUUUUGAUGCUAGAACAGUGAGAGUUAAAAAAUUCAACAGAACAACAUAUGUCAUGAACGGAAAUGGAAGCUUAUAUAGACCACUUGAUCGGGAUACUAUUAUAAAUUUGACUGUUUUCUUCUUUGAAGCCGGUGAAUACAAGAUUUUUCUCAGUAAGACUUUUGGUUUCUGCGAGUUUAAAAACUUACCCGGACAUAAAGAAAUUCUCGAAGACUUUGAAGCACACACCAACAAUCCAGUGCCUUCAGAUGCUUGUCCUUAUCCAGCAAUGGACAAACAAAUAACUAACUAUGCUUUGAAGGAAGAACGUUUUAAUUUUAUCCCACCAGGUUUACCAGGAGAAAAGUGGCGAAUCAAUUUCUUAUUUAAUGAAAAUGGAGUUGAUUUGGGUGGCUUCAAUGUUUAUGUAAUUUUGAAAACUCAUAACAUAUUUGCUAAAAAAGAAUCUUGAUGAUUGUAUUCUAAUUAUUUUAAAACAAUUUAAUCAAUGAAUAAAUAUGUAUACAAACAGAAUGUAAAAAUG